CUGAGCAGGGGAGUAGACAGCUCAGCGGCAGCGGAGGGAGUCUAUGCGCGCUGGACAGCAGUGGGAGGUGUGUGAGUCUCACACUGGCCGCAGACCUUCGGGCGCAAUCGCCGGGGAGCUAGGACUCGGCGACGGGGCUGUGGGGCUACCCGGCCGAGGCUUCAGAAGCGCAAACUGAUGGGACUAGUUCGCUCGGCUGCGUCUUCCCGCUCUUCCGAGUACACUGAACGGGGCCCCCGCUGAAGUAGAAGCUGUCGGGGGGGCGCGCAGCCCAGAGUCCCAGCGUGGCCUGGAGGAACGGAGACCGUGCCAGGGCGACCCAGCCGGGAGCCCCCGGACUGAGCUCGCGUUGUGAGGAGACUCCCACUUCUUCCGAGGGGCGUCGAUCCUGGGACGGUCGAGGCGUCGGGGCGGCUACCGAGUCCUCAGUGGGGAGACCCAGUCAGGGAGAGGGCGCGCAGUCCCGAACGGUCUCGGGGAGCCAAGCAGAAUCGGGCCGGAUCACCCGGGGGCGCAGAGCCCCCGUCGCGCCUCGUGCGGCGGAGAGACUAGGGGAGCGAGCCCUCGGAAGCCGCAGCCGAUGCCCGGGUUGGGGACGGCUGCCCAGUGAGUCCUCCUGGCCCGCCGGGCGGAGAAGAGCGACAUCGAAGCCGGCGGGAGGGGAGCACUUCAAGGCCGGCGACUGCGGAGGAUGGGCGCCUGAGCGGUUCAGAGCGCAGCGCAGCACGGGAAGGCGAGGCCAGUUUGCUGAGGAGGCGCCAGGGGAUCCCAAGUGCAGCCUGCUCCCGGGAAGAUGGCCCGGCCUGGGCAGCGUUGGCUCGGCAAGUGGCUUGUGGCGAUGGUCGUGUUGGCACUGUGCCGGCUCGCCACACCGCUGGCCAAGAACCUGGAGCCCGUGUCCUGGAGCUCCCUCAACCCCAAGUUCCUGAGUGGGAAGGGCCUGGUGAUCUACCCAAAGAUUGGAGACAAGCUGGACAUCAUCUGCCCCCGAGCGGAAGCGGGGCGGCCCUACGAGUACUACAAGCUGUACCUGGUGCGGCCCGAGCAGGCGGCUGCUUGCAGCACUGUGCUUGACCCCAACGUGCUGGUCACCUGCAAUCGGCCAGAGCAGGAGAUCCGCUUCACCAUUAAGUUCCAGGAGUUCAGCCCCAACUACAUGGGCCUGGAGUUUAAGAAGCACCAUGAUUACUACAUUACCUCUACAUCCAAUGGGAGCCUGGAGGGACUGGAAAACCGGGAGGGAGGCGUGUGCCGUACACGCACCAUGAAGAUCGUCAUGAAGGUUGGGCAAGACCCCAAUGCUGUGACGCCUGAGCAGCUGACCACCAGCCGGCCCAGCAAGGAAGCAGACAACACCAUCAAGAUGGCCACGCAGGCCCCCAGCGGCCGGGGCUCCCUGGGCGACUCUGAUGGCAAGCAUGAGACUGUGAACCAGGAAGAGAAAAGUGGCCCAGGGGCAAGUGGAGGUGGCAGUGGGAACUCCGACAGCUUCUUCAACUCCAAGGUGGCCCUGUUCGCAGCCGUCGGCGCCGGCUGCGUCAUCUUCCUGCUCAUCAUCAUCUUCCUGACAGUUCUGCUACUGAAGCUGCGCAAGCGGCACCGAAAGCACACGCAGCAGCGGGCGCCUGCCCUCUCACUCAGUACCCUGGCCAGUCCCAAGGGGGGCAGCGGCACGGCGGGCACCGAGCCCAGCGACAUCAUCAUCCCCUUACGGACUACAGAGAACAACUACUGCCCCCACUACGAGAAGGUGAGUGGGGACUACGGGCACCCUGUCUACAUCGUCCAGGAGAUGCCACCCCAGAGCCCAGCGAACAUCUACUACAAGGUCUGAGGGCCCAGCGUGGCCUCGGGCCCCCGAGGGACAGUCGGCCAGGACUGCACCUCUCCUUUCUCCCCUACGCUCCCUCCCCUGACCAGCUGUGCCCACCUUUGUAUUUAGUUUUGUAGUUUCUUGGCUUUUAUAAUCCCCCUUUUGUCCUUCCCCCCCCCUGGGCUUCGGAGGGGGGUGCUUGUGCUCCCAGCCCCCAUGCUCUUGUGCCUUCCCCCUCUGGCCAGGCCUCUGGGCUCUGCAGGGGCGCCCCUUCUUGGAGGGCAGGGUUGGACGCUGAUGGACAGCAGGCAGGAAGAUGCCCCCCUGGCCCUGCCUCCCCCACCCCCUUUCCCUCCUUCCCAGGACUGUUUGUCCGCUAUCAUCACUGUUUUUAAUGUUUUUGUGUUCAUUUUUUAGCUGUCAACUCAUUUUCAUCUGUUUUUUAAAGAAAAAAUGGAAAAAUGGAAAAGGCAGCCCCUCCUUAGGCUUUCUGAGCCUGGCCCAGCCCAGUUUAAGGGAACUGGGGCAGGAUGUGGCCAGCCAGGAAGCAAAGGAUGGCAUUUCUUUUAUAAAUUCCUUGGUAUUUGGGGGAGGGGUGGCAGGCCAGAGCCAUUCUUGCCCAUGAGGGAAGACAAGAGUGCCGUUGGGCAAAAUGUCUCACCCUGCCCUCCUGACCCUCCUUCUACAAAGCUGAUCUUGGCAAUGGGGUAGUGGCUGCCACCCUUCCACCAAAAAAGAAAAAAAACAUCUCUUCCUUGUGGGAUUCUUGGGCAUCUCCUGCCUCCCUCACUCUCACGGUAAUUAAUGUCUUAAUUGGCUGUUGCCUGGGGAACAGGAGAGCUGCUGCAGGCAGAUGACCUCAUGGGGGUGGAGGGAGGUGAGGUGCCCAGGUGGCUAUUUGCCCUGCAGAGCUGGGAGUUCCCCCUCUCCCUCCCCUCCCUGUUCUCUUCCCGCCUUUGGCAUCCUUUGGCCUGGUGGGGAAACAGAGGCCCAGGGCAGAGACCUAAGCGGGUAUAAGGCCGGGCGGCCUGCUCCUUUUCUAGGCUCUAGCACAGGUGGGUGCCCCCUCAACCCAGCUUCUGCUGGCCCCUCCAAUCUUGGGCCGGGGCCUGGAAAGAGGAAGACGCUGCCCAGGGCUGGGCCAGCACGCCGUGCACUUUGACCCCAGCUCCUUGCCAGCACGGCUGCUAACAGACUGCCACUUGAGUGCGCUUUGCAGGCACUCCCAGAGUGGCCUUGGACGGAGCUGGGCCUUACACCAUCCACCUCCACACUGCCUCCUGGCCAGCUGCCCACCCCAGUGCCAGGUGGGAGAGGGAGCGAAACAGCCAGCCCCUUCCAGGUGGCAGUCGGAAGGGUUUUUUGUUUUUGUUUCUGUUGCCAUUUGUGUAAAUACUAGUCUUUUUGGAAGAAAUAAUGUAAAGAUGUUUUGUAUAAACUCUGAAUUAUUUUCUUGUUGCUUUUUUCUUAGAAAAAAAUGAGAACUAAAAAAAAAAAUUAACCACAUGGA